GGAAGAAUAAUACAGAUGUAAAACUUUUGUUAGUUUUACCAUGCGAGCAUGCAUAUGGCAGUAAAUUAACAAAUUGACUGCUCUGAUCUAGAAUGUCAAAACUCAAAAGUCCAACCAAACUAGUUGCUCAGAAGAAAAGCCUUUGUGUUCCCUAGGACCAUUUCUCUUUUUACGAUUCGCAUCCGUCUGCAUCCAAGCCUCCUUUCUAAGCCAAAAAAGGACUGUUUCCCGCCAAAAAGGACUUUGUUCUUACUUCUUACCUCCACCUAUAUUACCGUGCAUCUUCUCUACAGUCUGCCCCCACAUUCUACGAAGGAAGAGACAGAGAUAGAUAGAUAGAGAGAGAGUGGUGAUACUCCAACUCCAAAGAGAAGAUGAAGGGUUCAUCCAAAGUGAUUAUGGGUGCAACCUUGGUAAUGGUGGUAACCCUUGCAGUGGUCCUAGUCCUUAUAUUUGUGCUGCUAGCUGAGCUCUACUGCUCCCUCUUACGGCGGCGGCGCCACCUCAGAAACAGAAACUCCAACAACACUAUUCCCUCUGCCACCACAGCCAGAGCCAAUGCUUCACCUUCUCACACAGCCUCACAACCCCAACAAGAGUCUACUCCACCAUUCCGCAGCAUUUAUGCACAAGGAGUCCUCCAAGCUCCAAGAAACAUCCUUCUCCCCGCAGUUUCUUCCAAAGAAGAGAAAGCUGGACCAAGGAAGCAGAAUCACUAUUCUCAACUUGAUCAAUUUCUUCAAGUUGAAAGCCCUUCCCCACCACCAUCCUUCAUAUCCAUAGCACCGGCCUCAAAACCAAAUCUUUGCCAUGAUGAUGAUAAACAAGCACCUUGCACUGGUGGAGAACAACAGCUUGUGUACAUUUCCAACCCCAUUUAUGAAAACGAGAGCCAAGGGAGUGGAGCAGACACUCCCCCAUUUGAGACACCAGACACUUCACCUUCGCGCUUGGAAAGAAGUGGUUCUUCUGAGGAAGAUGAUGAGGCAACCCUUGCUUGUGUUACCCCACCUUUGACUCCAAUGAAGAAGCUCCCUGCAGAGGCUUCUUCAGUUUCCCUAAGAGACGCAAGGUCCUUGGCCACUUCAUGCAGUGAUUCACGUAGCAACAAUGGCCUCUCUUCAUCAUCCGCUUCCCCUUGCACUUCUCCUUCAUGGUAAUUUUGUUUUGUUACCAGGGUAGUUUUGUGAAUAAAGUUAAAAUAGUGGUGGUGGGUUUUUUGCAGGCGUGGUUAUCAUAGCGCCUGUUGUAGUAACACUCAUGGCAUGAUGCAACUCAACUUUAUUAUUAUUAUUUUAUCUAGGCUUUCUUGUAGCUAGUUACACUCUGUCUGUUUCCAUUGGCAUUGUAGUUGUACACUCUGCUUGGAAACUUGGGUGCAUUUCCCAGUAGAAAAUUUUAUAUUUUUCCUUGUGUGAUUUUGUAGAAAUUAAAUGAAAUGAAAUUGUUUCUCUCUCGA